GCCGGACGACACCGCAAGCGACACGCAGGAGCAGCCCGAGGCCCGACCGCCAGCACAUUGGCAAUGGAGCGCCUGGUCGCCCGCCGCACCUUCCCCCUGUUCGCGCGCACUAGCGCCUGCCGCAGCCUCUUCGGGCCGGUGGACCACGAGGAGCUGAGCCGCGAGCUGCAGAUCCGCCUGGCCGAGCUGAGCGCCGAGGACCAGCGCCGCUGGGACUACAACUUCCAGCAGGACGUGCCGCUGCGGGGCCCCGGGCGCCUGCAGUGGACCGAGGUGGACAGCGACUCCGUGCCCGCCUUCUACCGCGAGACGGUGCAGAUUUCUUCGCCAAGCGCAAGAGACCCGCGCCCGAGGCCAAGGCGUCGAACGAGGUCCCCGCGGGAUGCGCCGCCCCUGGCGCCGCUCCGGCCGUGGGCUCGGCGGAGCAGACCCCGCGCAAGCGGCUGCGAUGAGCCUCGCGCCCAAAGAGCCCCGAGGGAGCCCGCUGGGCAGCGGACAGGACAGGAGCGCUGGGCCUCGGCUGGGACCGUCCAUGUAGCAGCAACCGGCGGCAGCUGCCACCGAGCAGCGUUCGGUUUUAUGUUUAAAAUUUAAAAAAAAAAAACAACUGUGCAAUGUAUUAAUAACGUCUUUUAUAUCUAAAUGUAUUCUGCACGAGGAGUACACUGGUCCCAAGGUGUAAAGCUUUAAGAGUCAUUUAUAUAAAGUGUUUAAUCUCUGCUGAAACUCAGUGCAAAAAAAAAAAAAAA